AUGAGCGAGGUCUUCGUGGCGACCGCUACAAAACUCAACGAUUUGUUCGAAUCGCAGAUCCAUGAGAAUCGCCAUCUUCAAAUUUUCGUCGACCACGUGAUGCAACGUCUUAUUGUCAAGGGCAGCGACGAUCGUCAGCUAAAAUCGAUUUCGAUUGAAAGGGAACAUUGCCGGGUGAUAAAGAAGGACUUGCAAUUGGUUUUCCAAAAGGAGGGCCUUUUUCGGUUUCGGCUCACGAUGCGCGAUGCUGCAAACAUGGCCAAGUUGUAUAACGCGGUGAAGAGGCACAUUGCUAUCGAGAUUCGCGAGUUUUUCGACGAGCUUUAUCGCCGGGAUCCUGUAGGAUUGGAGCAAGCCUUCGUUCGAAUCGGUGAAGAGCUGCUGAAGAUACCGAGUUUCCGGCAGCUGCAUGACGAACUUGACCGGCCGCUGUUUCCGACAGCCAAACAAGAAGACGUCAAGCCCGUGAAAUAUUUGGAGAGCGAGCCCGAA